CGCUAGACUCAGGCCGCCCCGUUGUGUCGUUGCCAGCGGGCAGAAAAUGACCCCGCCGAGCGGCCAAGGCGGGAAAGGGAUCUCCUUUGAACUGCGGGGCUUGUUGCUGCCGGACAAAACAGCACGCGGAAAAGAAGAGGAGGAAGACGAGGAGGAAGAGGACGGUGACGAUCCGGAGCCCCUGGUUGAGCUGCCAGAACAUUCGAGCCAACUUUCUUUCUCCCAGCCCUCGCGCCGGACAGUUGUAAUAAAAGAUGAAAAAUCCCAAAAGGAAUACCCGGUUGUUGGACGGUUUCCAUUUAAGGACCCAUGGUGGGAAGUGAAUGUUAAAGUGAAGCAGGCUGGAUCCAAGUUCUAUGCCCAGGGGUAUCCAUCUUACUUUCUGUCGACUCACCCAGGAGAAAAUUGGCAAGCAGUUAUUUCACUCUUUUUAAAGGCAUGUAAGGUUCCAGAAGAAUUUACAACAGCCUUUUUUGAGUGGCUUCCUCAAAAGUCUUCCCUGAACUUUGAACAUCUUGAAAAGAAAUUAAACCAGUUUAUGGUGUCGAAAUGUCAGGAAAGAAAAGACUCUGGAAAUACCAAAGACUUUAACAUUUUUCAUUACAUUAAGAACUCACCUGCAGGGAAAGCUAUGCUAGUAGCCUUGGACUUCCCUGCUCUCGUGGAGUUCUUGCCAACACUUCUGCCAUAUAGUAUAUCCAGCUGCAUCGGGUGGUUGGACUGGAGUGAAAUCAGUGGCAGUGAAUGCAGUAAACUAGCAAAACUGAAUAUGAUCUUAACAGAAGAGCCAUGGAAACUUGGAUUCAGCACAAUAGUAUACAGAGAUCUGCAUACUUACAUUGGCGAAGCUCCUUGGAAAGCUUUCUGUGAAUUCACACAACUUCUUGAAAAGAUUCCUGAUUUACAAAAGAAUGCAUUAAUGAUAUACGCAAAACUCCAGAAGAGGUGUCGAGAGAUGGGACAUACAUAUGAAGAACUGGAUGAGUUGAUGCGUAUGGUCCCUGAAAUGUCCACUGAACAUGUUUGGCAGUCACUUCAGUUUAUGAAAGAUGAAAAGAUAGUGGUUAUUGAGAGAAAACUAGUGUUCCUUCACAAGCUGUACAAAGCUGAAAAAGACAUUGCAUUGGUUAUAUCUGAGCUCAUAAAGAAAACCCCGUGGCAGUUUCAUGUUGAUGUGAGAAAGGUACUUAAUAGUGGUGCACAUAUGAACGAUUCAAAAGGGCCAGUUGUUGAGAAUAAAUUAAAUGAUGAGGAAGAACCUAAUAGUGAUUCAGAUGUGCAAGAGAAUAUGGAAGAAACCCCCCGUAAAGAAACAUGUGAAGCAGAAGUGGAUCCAGAUCAGGAGAAUGCAGUGGAAUUGAUCUGUUCCAAUCCAGUGACAGUCAUGAGUGGUAAAGGUGGCUGUGGGAAAACAACAGUGGUUAGUUACCUUUUUAGCUAUCUAAAACGGAUGGAGUUUGAAGAAGUUAGAAGAGCCUGUAAAGAUUUUGAAGCAGACCAGGACACAUCAGAAGAAUGGAACACUUAUAGGCCAUUUUCUGAUCUCAACAUACAUUCAGAUAAAAGUGGAUCACUAGAAGUCUUGUUUACUGCACCUACAGGGAGGGCAGCAGGUUUGUUAAGUAAGAAAACAGAUCUUCCUGCUUAUACUCUGCAUCAGGUUGUCUACAGCUAUUACUCUGGGGCCAAGCCAUGGAAGUUUUCUAAAGUCAAAGUAUUGGUGGUAGAUGAAGGAAGCUUGGUGUCCGUAACUGUUCUUAGCAGAGUUUUAAACCUCUUAUUCCAUAGUGCUCAACUUGCAAAGCUUGUUAUUCUUGGUGAUAUUAGACAGUUACCCAGUAUUGAGCCUGGUAACAUGCUGUGCAAUGUGUUUGAGAGUCUGAAAUCAAGAGGCUGGUCAGUAGAACUCAGAACCAAUCACAGGGCCGAGUCACAGUUAAUUGUAGAUAAUUCAACAAGAAUCUCUCAGCGGAUAUACCCAGAAUUUGAUGCAGUACUCAGACGUUCUGACCAGAAUAAAGCCUGGCCAAUGCCAAGUCCAGAGAAAAAAUUUAUUUGUGUUGUCCUGUCUUCUGAAGAUGACUUGCAGUCUGCCAUAAAGGCUUUGCUUAAAGGAGGACCAGGGCUUGAAGAUGCUGAACAGUCACAGUUCAUUUCUUUUAGAAGGAAAGAUUGUGACAUCAUCAAUGAACUCUGUUGUCAGCACUACUCACAGCAUCCAAUGCGAAACCAUAAAAACCAAUUACAAUUUCAGUGUGGUGAUAAAAUUUGUUCCACAAGGAAUGCAUACAGAAGAGAUCUUCUUCCAAAUGAUAAGACUUGCACAAAGAAUAAUAAAGAUUCUGAUCCAUGUGGUUGUGAUACGUGCUUUACAAGAGAAGAUUGCCUCUCUGGUCGGAAUCCACCUUCCCAUGAAAAUGAUGAUACACGCUUGUGCAACGGAGACAUAUUCUUCAUUGAAGAGGACAGAGAAGUUGACAAGCGUCGCCUCCUGACCAUUAGAAGCACUGAUGGAUUUACAGACACCCUGCUUUAUCGAGGUCUCCGAAGAGUCUGUAAGAUACAGCAUGCCUGGGCCAGAACUAUUCACACAUUUCAGGGUUCUGAGGAGAAGACUGUUGUCUAUGUCGUUGGAAAUGCUGGUCGCCAGAACUGGCAGCAUGUAUACACAGCUGUCACUAGAGGAUGUAGCCGAGUCUAUAUUGUCGCUGAAGAAGCCAAACUCCAAAAAGCCAUAGCUAACAAAGAGUUCCCCAGAAAAACUCAUUUACGAAAACAUUUGCAAGAUGCAUUUAUGGGGAAAAUUGAUUCUUCUGAGGAAAUGUUUUCUUCUCAAAGGAACGUGCAGAGUAAAGAGGACAGGAUUUAUGACUUUGCUCCUCAUGCCGGAAAUAAUUGUAUUAACUUAGAGGAGGCUGCAGUUUCUGAUGAAAUGAAAAAUGACAACAGACAGAGAACUGUUGAGCUGAUGGAAAUGUCACGCCGCCCAGGUGGCCUUAAAAGGCAAAGUAACUUACCAGAAGAUUCUUCAAGCCCUUCUAAAGUAAUGUUGAUUAAGGAAGACAACUCCCCACUUGGAAUUAAGAGACUUCAAAACAUGACACUGGAAGGCCCGGUUCCUAAAAAGCUUUUUCCAUUGUAACAAAUCUGCUAUCUGGCUACAUGCUUCAGUUUGAUUUGCUUUUACAAAGUGUGCAUCUGAACAGAAGUGUAAAGCUGGGGGUGUGGGCAGUCCGUUUUAAAAAAAAUGGAUUUAGCAUAAAAGGGCAGGUUUUUUUUCUUCAAAAAGUCAUUUUAAAAGUCCAAAUAGUAUUACUUUUAUUAAAGUUAUUUGCAUCUCUUGUAAUGGAGAAAUACACACUCUAAGGCUGGCAUUUUUUGAUGUUCAUUACUGGAAUAAAC